GGACAAAUAGCGUAGUUGCUAAUCCUUUGGAAAAUCCUGUCAAAAAUCAAGCCUCGGAUUAAAAACUCAUCAGUUGCUUAAUGCCACUGGGUGGGUGAAAACAGGACAAGCUGUUACUCGUCACUUUUUUAAGGCGACGGAAAAUUUUGUAAUUUUUUAAGAAAGAAAUUCAUAAAAACUUGGGAUUUUGAUAAAAAGAGUAAAAGUGUGAAAGUUCACAGUUGCGCCAAUGGUAUCUGAAAAAUUGUAAUUAAGAAGUAGAUAUGAGUGGAAAUAAAGUUUAAGGCGUCGAAAAUAGUCGAAAGAUAAAAUUAUAUCAGUAUUUUCUGCUCGUUACACGGACAAAAUCUCAAAUUUACGGAGGAUCAUUAUGAUCAUGGAUCUUCGUCUUGGAAUGGGAGUUGAUCUGGCCAAAAUGAAUCAACAGUCGCAAGGCUCAAAUAGAAUCCUGUAUGACAUUCCGUGCAAAGUGUGUCAAGACCAUUCGAGUGGGAAACAUUACGGGAUUUAUGCUUGCGAUGGGUGUGCCGGCUUCUUCAAGCGAUCAAUCCGACGGAAUCGGCAGUACGUUUGCAGAAAUAAAUCGGAGGGAGCUUGUCCCGUGGAUAAAACGCAUCGCAAUCAGUGCAGAGCUUGCCGGCUGAAGAAGUGCGUGGAAGCCGGGAUGAAUAAGGAUGCCGUUCAGCAUGAGCGGGGUCCUCGUAACUCCACCCUUCGUCGUCAAAUGUCUCUCUAUUUCAAGGAAGGGAUUGGUAGCUCGGGCCAGAUCGCGAUGGAACCUUCUACCAGUCCAGCCUCGACUACGUCUUCGUCUCAAGGAUCACCUUCUCCAUACUCGAUCAACAGUCUCAUCUCGUCGGCAGGGUCCACUUCUAACAAUCACAAUAAUGGACCUGCUUUUCGACAUCCCCUGAGUCUUCUGGGGUUCGCGUCGCCGAAGACGACGACACCCUCCUCCGGGAAGAAGGAGCGGUCACCGUCUCAGGGUCGCCUUUCCAUGUCCCCGCAACAACCUGACACACCAACCCCAACGCCCCCACCACCACCACCUCCUCCUCCAUCAGCUCGAACAGGCACGAAUAAUUCGACCCGAUCGCAUAAUAAUAAAACGCGUGGAAAUCCUUCUUCAUCAUCGUCCACAACGUCGUCCAAUAACAAUAAUAAUCCAAACCAUGCGGACAACAACGUUAAUGGUCGUGUGAUACGAGACCCGUUUUCUUUUGCGGAUAAGGUUCACCUCAUGCAACUUGAGGCUGGAAAUGGGAUCCGAUUUCCGCACGGUUUGGGAGGAGGAAUGAUGCCGUCGUCCGUUCAUCCACUCCCACUUCCGCUUGACCUCGUUAUGAACAUGAUGAAUGGUGGGGGUCAUCCUGCCCAGCGUCCGGUGAUGAUGGAUAAUCCGCUGAAUAAAAUGCUCAUGAUGAGACCUCCAUUCUUUGCCAUGCCGCAGCUCAACAAGUACAACUGGCCCGAGAUCCUGCAUCCGCACAACGGUCACAUGUCUCCCCCACCACCCCCAACCUCACAAAGUCAACUCCUUCAUCAUGCCGCCGCCACGUUGGAACUUUCCCCCUCCGGAGGAAACCCCAACAACGCCUUGUCCAUGAUGAACACCAUGAACCGGAUGAGCCUCAUGCCCGGCGGAGGCGGUGGUGGUGUCGACACUCUCUGCGAAACUGCGGCGCGCCUCCUCUUCAUGAAUGUCCGCUGGGCAAAAACGGUCCCGGCCUUCGUCUCCCUCCCACUCCAAGACCAACUCAAACUUUUGGAGGAAUCCUGGCGAGAAUUUUUCGUCCUGGGUGCGGCCCAAUUCGGUCUCCCGAUCCAAUUGGGGGUCAACUUGGUACAGGGCGGUAACAACGCUACCGAUGGUAUGAGCUUAUCGUCAGGAUCGAAUUCUGGGUCUGGUUCAGAUGAAGACAUGGACCAAGACAUCCACGAUUUAAGUCAGGACAGUCCCAAACGUAGAAAACUGCACACACGCCGCCGAGGAAAACCUUCCUCCUCCUCCUCCGAUAACAUCGUCGUUCUCCAAGAGUUGAAAUCAUGCAUGGAAGCAAUCGACAAGUUUCGCGAGAUGAACGUAGAUCCGACCGAAUUUGCCUGUUUGCGGGCCAUAAUUCUCUUCCAGAGUGGAUCCGGAGAGGUCAAGAAGUACUUGAAAGAUGUCAAAAGCAUCGAAGCCCUCCAGGACCAGGCUCAACUCACGUUAAGCAAAUAUAUCGGGGCGGCUUAUCCGUCGCAACCCCUCCGCUUUGGGAGGCUCCUCCUGCUCCUCCCACUCCUCAAGUCCAUUUCCCCGUCAACGAUUCAAGACCUCUUUUUCGCCACGACGAUCGGAUCCACCCCGCUGGGAAAACUUAUCUGUGAUAUGUACAAAUCUGGCUCGUGAGGGGGCUGAGCUAUUUUUUGUAAAAUAUUUAAAUUUUAUAUCUACAAGUACACAAGCAGUUUACCAAAAGCGUUUUUAAAAUUUCCGUAACUUGAGUUGGGUCAAAAUUUCCGGAAAUCACUGUUGAGUGUCCUCUGAAAAUUUUUUCCAUUGUUUCCGGAAAUUUUUACCAACUUUACGAAAAAAAGAAAGUUAAGUAGAAACGUAAAUUUGCUAACUGUUUAAUUAAGCAUAAUUUUAGUGCCUUAAUAUUGUCUUAUUACAUACACUUGUCACCCUGUGGGAAAGUUGACAGCCAAAAAACUUACCGAAAUCCAGUAUUACUUUGUAAAUACAAAAUACACGUAAAAAAUAUUGUAUCCACUCAUAUUACUUAAAACUUGUUACUUUUUCAUUGUAAAUUUCCAUGCACGAUAGUUCUCAAGGGGUUGGAAGAGGGGCCAAUUUCGAGUAUUUUUAUUGUAUAAAACCAUAAUUGAAUUAAUGAGCAGGACUUUUUCAUUGUUGGGACAAAUCGUUUUAAACCGUGUAAUGCUAAUUCUUUACGUUUUUGUUUCGAACUGAAAUUCCACCACUUGAGAAAAAUCAAAUCAAUCCCGUGUUGAUUCAACAAGGAGAAAAAAUCAUGCCAUGGAUUUGACGUCAUUUAAUGGACGCGUCCAACUGUAAAUAAGUAUAAUUGAAUAGUUUAUAUAUGUAUUUAUUUAUAUAGCAGAAAUAAGUUACACGAUUAAAAAUGCGAAUAAAUAAUAAUGUUCUCCUUAUAAAAGAGUGAAAGAUAUGUUUGUUUUGUUGCAAACCUCGACAUCAACUUGUUAAGUGUUUCCCACAACCGGGGGCUUGAAUAAAAUGACAAACAAUAAAGAAGCAAAGUUGACAAUUUUCCCAUUAUUAGCGAGACAAGUGGGCAGACACUGUUCA